UAGCAAGCCAUUAAGAAGCUCGCGCCGAGCUCCGCAUACGUCAGCUCCGGCUGGCCAUCGAACCGCAGCAUCUAUUCUCUUCAGAACCAACAAGAAUAAGCUAUACGACACGGGGCGCUUGCUCAAGACACAUACCGCAAGAUGACGUUGAAAGAGGAGUUCGCACAGCGCAAUUUCAGUAUCUAUGGACAAUGGCUCGGUAUCCUAUCAAUGAUUCUGUGCUUUGCCCUCGGCAUCGCCAAUAUCUUCACCGUCUUCAUCCUGGUACUCAUCAUUAGUAUUAUCUGCCUGGUAUUCUCGUUCGUGAUCCUCUUCAUCGAAGUCCCGCUCCUCCUCCGCAUCUGUCCGACCUCGGCCGGGUUCGACACCUUCAUCCGCCGGAUCUCGACCAACUACAUGCGCGCGGCCGCCUACGCCAUCAUGGCCGUCGUCCAGUGGUUGUCGCUCAUCCAGCGGGCGACCAGCCUGAUCGCCGCGGCCGUCUUCCUCUCCCUGACGGCCAUCUGCUACCUCCUCGCCGGUGCGAAGGGCCAGGCCUUUAUCGGAAGCAAGACCCUGGGUGGAGCGGGCAUUGCGCAGAUGAUUGUAUGAGGCUACGGCGCCUAGCUGUGGUGAAGUGGGAAGGGGCUUGACAGGAAGGAUGGGGGGCGAGAGAGACGAGAGGGCGGAGACACAAACAAGAUCAACGGUUGUGUUUGGAACACGACAGAGAACGAUUAAGCGUGGUAACACCCACGCGGACAAGGAGAAAGGGAGGGGGAAACUCCCUAGAGAAGAAACUGAGUUAAGUGGAUUAUCGCAGAGGAUACUAGAUCUGGUACCGAGGACAGCCUCGAGUGUGUCUGAAAAGGGCUCAACUAGGAACGAAGGAGGAACGAAGGAUAUAU